GUUCAAGGUCAGCUGCCGCCAUUGAUGAUCCCCGUGUUCCCUCCUGACCAGCGGACCCUUGCUGCAGCUGCCCAACAAGGAUUCCUCCUUCCUCCUGGCUUCAGUUACAAGGCUGGGUGCAGUGACCCUUACCCUGUUCAGCUGAUCCCAACCACCAUGGCAGCUGCCGCUGCAGCGACACCAGGCUUAGGCCCACUCCAGCUGCAGCAGUUCUAUGCUGCCCAGCUAGCCGCAAUGCAGGUUUCUCCAGGAGGGAAGCUCCUAGGCCUACCCCAGGGCAACCUUGGUGCUGCCGUGUCUCCUACCAGCAUUCCCACAGACAAGAGCACAAACAGUCCACCACCCAAAAGCAAGGAUGAAGUGGCCCAGCCACUGAACCUAUCAGCUAAACCCAAGACCUCUGAUGGCAAAUCACCCACAUCACCCACCUCUCCCCACAUGCCAGCUCUGAGAAUAAACAGUGGGGCGGGCCCCCUCAAAGCCUCUGCCCCAGCAGCGUUAGCUAGUCCUUCAGCGAGAGUUAGCACAAUAGGUUAUUUAAAUGACCAUGAUGCUGUCACCAAGGCAAUCCAAGAAGCUCGCCAGAUGAAGGAGCAACUCAGGCGGGAGCAGCAGGCGCUGGACGGGAAGGUGGCCGUAGUGAAUAGCAUAGGUCUCAACAACUGCCGGACAGAAAAGGAAAAAACAACACUGGAGAGCCUGACUCAGCAACUGGCAGUUAAACAGAAUGAAGAAGGAAAAUUUAGCCAUGGAAUGAUGGAUUUCAAUCUGAGUGGAGACUCCGACGGAAGCGCCGGAGUGUCGGAGUCAAGAAUUUACAGGGAAUCAAGGGGACGUGGUAGCAACGAGCCCCACAUAAAGCGUCCUAUGAAUGCCUUCAUGGUGUGGGCAAAAGAUGAACGGAGGAAAAUCCUUCAGGCUUUUCCUGACAUGCACAAUUCCAACAUCAGCAAGAUACUGGGAUCUCGCUGGAAAGCGAUGACCAACCUCGAGAAACAGCCAUACUAUGAAGAACAGGCCCGCCUCAGCAAGCAGCACCUGGAGAAGUACCCAGAUUACAAGUACAAGCCCAGGCCGAAGCGCACGUGCCUGGUGGAUGGCAAGAAGCUGCGCAUCGGGGAGUACAAGGCCAUCAUGAGGAACCGGAGGCAGGAAAUGCGACAGUACUUUAACGUCGGGCAACAAGCACAGAUUCCCAUCGCUACUGCUGGAGUUGUGUACCCUGGAGCCAUCACCAUGGCAGGAAUGCCGUCACCUCACCUGCCCUCGGAGCACUCGAGUGUGUCCAGCAGCCCGGAGCCAGGGCUGCCCGUGAUUCAGAGCACUUAUGGCGUGAAGGGGGAGGAGCCUCACAUCAAAGAGGAAAUCCAGGCCGAGGACAUCAACGGGGAGAUUUACGACGAGUAUGACGAGGAGGAAGAUGACCCCGACGUAGAUUAUGGGAGUGACAGCGAAAACCAUAUUGCAGGACAAGCCAACUGAUAAGGGCCCACAGACUGCGGUGAGCUGAGGACUUAACGAAGCCCUAGCUGGCCCAUCCUUACCAGUGGCCAAGCACAUUAACUUUCUCGUACACUGACUGUUAUUUUAACUGUUAGUCUUAAAUAGUUGGGACAUCAGCUGACAAAUAGACCUCAGCCUCAAAAGGCUCGGAAAGGAAAACAAAAUGUUUCAAGCAAACAACAUCAACCACGAGAGAUUGAAAUAAGCUAUGGUAAAACAAAGCCAGUAACUCAGCUGCUAAACCCAGCACUGAAGUCUCGCCCGUCAACUUUUUUUUUUUUAAUAAACUUUAUGGCUGUUUGUUCUAUAACUAGAAAUUCUCACUCAGGUACACAGUGCCAACAAGUGGCUUGUGAAUGUGUUUCGUUGUUUUGUGCUACAAUUUUUAAAAAGAAAUACGUUUUGUUUUGUUUUGUUUUGUUGGGGGGAAUGGUUCUGGGGUUUCCUUUUACCUUUUCUUUCCUUUCUUCUCCUUUGUGAUUGUCGUCUUGCACCUGACAGAAGGAGGGAACGGGGCCUUCGACCCCUCUGCCCUCUGCAUCUCUCUGCUCUAAAGAUGGAGGCCUGUGUGCGAGGGUGGGGAGAGAGGAGAAAAAGAGCCUGGUUUUGCCUUCCUUGCUUCUGUGCCCCAGUGUCAGCAGCCGUUUGCUUUAGAGACCUCUAACUCUUGCACACAACACUACAUCUUGGAGCAAGUGCCAAAUCCAUCCUGAAGCGAUCACCAACUUCCUUUUCUAAGUCCUUCCUUACUCCUGCUCCUUCUUCCGUGGGGACAGUGUUAAAUCUUAGACGGUCCCCAGAAAGAGCUGAUACACCAGCAACUGGUGAGAUUGAUUUUUUUUUUUAAUGGAAACUGUAGGUGCCGUUCUCAGGUGAAAAGAGAGAGAGAGAAACAUAGAAAUUUAGAGAAAAAAAAUAUUUUCUGAUCUUGGAUUUCUGUGUGUGUAUGUGUGAUCAUGGUACAUUAGCUACAUUCCUAUUAGGGAAUAAUGUUGGGCCAUUGUGAGCAAAACCCACUUUUGGGAAUGGAAUCCCAGCCCUCCUAAGCAAGUGGUCUAGAAGCAACCUUGCCCUUGGCUUUGCCCGGCCAGUGACAGUGGAACUAAGCGUAGGGCUCAGAAAUUCUAUUUUUCAGUUUCUAGUGUGCUUAUUACUGGGUGGACCUGGUGGCCCUGUGUCACGGAGAGGUGCUUGGCCAACAUGGAAGCUACCAGUCAAAUGGUUCCUGAGGUCCCUUCUCCCUGGACAAUUUGCUUCUUUUAAUGUGUGCUACUUAGUAACGUGUGUGUAUGUGUGUUUCCUGUUGAAACUUUGAGCAAAACAAUCAUUGUUUUGACCGACUAUAUUUGGCCAUUUUUCAGAAAUACAGAAUUAGCUUGUGUCUCCACCAUUCCACCCCUCGCUGAUUGGGAAACAGAACUGCUCUAUAAGAUUUUUUUUUUUUGCAUCUCUCCCUGCAAUGAGGUCAGAGACUGUAUUUCACAAAUGGGGGCCAUGUGUAUUUCAUGCCCUAAGAUCCCAGGAUUUGGUUAAAAUUCACUACCGCACCACAAAGUGGAGCCUGGCUGGACGCAGAGCCCCUUACCACUGUCUGGUCCUUCACUCUGACUCUUGAGUCGGCUAAAGAUCAAUGCUGGUGUCAGCAGAGCCCAUGCUCAGAGCAACAGCUGCUGGCUCUGACAUCGCCAACCCAAAGGCCAAGACAGGGGUAGGGCCUGCACCAAACACAGUCACUCCGGGUCACUUCCCCUUGGUAGCGCUGUAGUCAGUGACCGAAUAUGGGACAGUGUUCCAUCUCGCUCUCAUUCUGCCCCACCAAACACCGCCCUCAAGUUUGAUUUUCAUACAUAAUGAAUAGGCAAAGAAAAAAAAAAAGAAAAAGAAAAAAAUCUUUUUGCUUUUCUCUCUCUCAAAGUCUUGCUCUGGAGGUUUGCUUGGAGGAGCUGAUCAUACCUGCAUGUCAGAGGUUUGGUUCUAUUUUCUGUUUGUGGUUUGUUUGUUUUUUUUUUUAAUGACUGUAUUUUCCUUUGAAUUGCCUCUUUUUUGCUAGUGUUGUAAAAUGAUGAUAAAAUAAUAAUAAUAAUAGUAAUAAUAUUAAUAAUAAUAAUGGUCAGCUGUUCCCAGAUUAGUAAAUUAUGUAUAAUUUAUUUUAUUUCUCCCUAUUUUAUUCUGUUCUGAUUUGGAAGCACAGCCAGUAAGCUGUUAGGUAUUUAAAACUAAUAUCUAUUUCCAGCUCAUACACACAUGUACACCCAUGCAUGUGUGUGUGCAUAUGACACACACAUACUCACCCACACACUUGCUUCUCUACCCGUAACUUCCUCUGUGUUAACAGUUUUGGCCCCAGUAGCGUCAGUUCUGGUGUUUAAUACAAAGGGGUGUAUUAGGAGGAGGAUCGUGUUCAAUCUUAAUUAACUUAUGCUCUUUUCUCUCAUUUUAGUUAUUUAAUUACCAAUUAUCUAGAGCCAACUUUUUGAUUUUGUUUUGUUUUGAAGCACUCUGAAUAAGAGAAAAAUGGACACUUGUUUUUCUACCAUUAUAACAUACAAUGUGAAAACAGGUUUAUAAAAACUAUUGUUUCUCUGUGUCUGUUAACAAAGCCUCCUGACUGAUGUGGGUUCUCCACCUCUGCGUGCUGCGUUCCUGUUCUACAGCACAUUCUAGACAAGCUUGCUUUUCAUUUCCUGACCUUGGGCAACAAGAAUACUUUGUUUUAGCUCCAGGUAGAUGCUACUGAAGGCAUCCAUGGCCCAAAUCCAUCCCAACCAAGCGCUAUCUGAACAAACUCUCUCUUUGGUUUGCAUUUGUUUUGUUUGAAGGGAAAACAGAUUGUUCAUGGUGACCUACAGCUGCCAAACCUCUCCAGGUUAGUUGAGUUUAAGUCCGUGAUUGAAUUGUGCCCAGGCAAAACCACAAAGCAAGUCUGUAAUGUCCCGUCAUGGUCUGUUCUGACAUUUUCUUCAGUGGAUGUUGAGUUUGCUUUGCCCAACAAAACCAACAAAAACAAAAGUAAUUCUAUUCAUGUCUAAAGUGCACUGAAGUCACUUGAGGGGAAAAAAAGGUGCUUUUAAUAGCAACAUAACUGUGUUAAAACUUUGCCCUUUGGGCCUUUGAUUGGGUGAUGAUUCUUGUGAAGGAUCCUAAAACCUUUUGUUCUUGUCUAUGCCACACAAUGACCAAAUAAGAUAUGGUAUAGGAAAUAAGACACAAUGAAAAGGUCCAAGUUAGCAAACUGCAUCCCUCCUCCUCCCCUUCCUCUCUGUUCAAGCCACACCCCUACCUUUUCUCAGCAUCCCAACAUUUAUAACAACACUGAAGAAUAAUACUGCCAGUUUCUCCUUUUUUAUAUUUGUAAUUGGUACCUCUAAAUAUCAUCCUGUUUGAUAUAAAUCUAAGAAAAAUAUUUACCAGAAAAAAAUGGGUUAAAGUUGUUUGUAAGUUAAUGAUAAUUUGGCUAGUUACUACAAGCAGGAGAAACACAGGCCCAUGUGUGCGUACACCUCCCCACCCCCUAAUACAUUAGUAUAUUUUUAUUCAGAUUAGUUAAGUGAACUUUGAAAGUUCAUUUAAUAUCUAGCUAAGAAUUACCUUUGUGCAAAACACCUCCCAAUAAACAUAUUUAUCAUGGUUAAAACUAAAUCUUCCCAUAGGGAAUGAAUAUUAAAGUGUAAAAUGUUCUUUAAUGAGGUCACUUCAUAUAUUUGAUUUCUAAAGUACAGUUAACUUAGUUCACCUAAAGGAAAUUAUCUUUACCAUUUAAUGGUCCAUUUCCAAAUAUUUUCUUAUGGCAGAAGCUGAUCCUGUUCUCAGAGGAAUCCUCUUCUAUCUCAUUCAAAAACAUAAGAAAUAAUUAUACUUUCCUUACUCUAAAGGGUAAAUUAUUGAAUUGUAAUAACUGUAUAUUUACAGACAGGUUUAUAAAAUAUUUGUCUAUCAAGUUAAUAGUGAAAUACAACUUCACAAGGUUUGAAAAAAACCCACUUAAAGUGGCUGAGCUUUCUCUGUAUUGUAGGGCAUAGGCAUUUCUUUAGCCAGGUUUAUACAGUAUUUAAUUUUGAAGUUCCGCAGGUUGAAGGUGACGUGUAAAGUUUCCCACUGAUGGGUCCCUGUAAGCCCCAGUGUGCCUGUCACUGGUCCACUGAAACAGUAUUUAUUCAGCUCCCCUGGCUUGAACGCACUUAGUCUUUCUAACAGUUUGGAUUUCAGAAGUGAAAAAGUUUUGUUUGAUUGUUUUUUUUUUAAUGAUUAAAAAAAAUAGAGAAGAGACAAUCAAUGCCUGGAGCUUAAAACAAAGUAUGUGCAAACUACCAUCUCACUUGAAAUUUAAUAAAAUAAAAAAUUGUGUAAAUAUAACAUAGAGUUAUAGAUUUCUAUUUUGUUCAUAACACAUAGUGUAAUAUAAGUUGUAUAUUUUCAUGUUUUUUGGUUUUAUGUUAUCAUUCAUGCCACAAUAAAAAUAAAACAGGAGUUUGUGUACUCUUGGGGAAAAAAAAAAACAAAAAUAAGAUGUGGGUUCCCACCAACCUGUUUUUUGCUUUUCUGUUUUUGUUUUCAUUUCCUUUUGUUUUGUUUUGCAUUCCCUUUUUCAGUAUUACUGCCGUGCAAGGCACCAAUAAAAACAGCAAAUGUGUUCUUUAUCUAUUA